CGCGUCGCAAUUAAUUCGUCUGGUCGCUGGUAUUGUCGCUAUUGUCUUUAUCAUCAGUCCUUUGUUGUUCAAACAGGGAUUGUGUUAUUAUAGUCCAAAUUGAUUAAUCAUGGCGGGCUGUUCGGCGGUUCUUCAUCAUCAAUCUCAAAGUUUACAGAUCCACUGACGAUCAGUCUGAGAUUGCCCUGUUCACUCCUCUCCGCCGUCGUCCCAUCCAUAUCCUCCUCCGUGGAUCCUCCUGCUCCAGAUCUAUCACAACCAAGGUCUAUGCUGCCCGUUUCGGGGUUCACCCCGGGGCACGCAAAACUGGCCUCCCCACUCCACAUUGUCUUCGUCUAUCCCUUUCUCCUGGUCUUCUUCUUCCUCUUGCCUACUGACUCUAUUUUUCUUAUUCCCUUCGACCAGUCUCUGGUCUACUAGCGCAGUUUGGUCACGAUGUUCCAAGGCUUCACCCGCAAAAGCCAUUCUACAUUAUCGCUACCGCGAGCAUUGAUUCUGCUCACCGCGUUUGGAUUCAUCGCCCUUUCCGUAUCCUACGUCUUUUUCUCUGCAGACCUCGAGUUCCCACGUCUAUCCCCCUUCACUCUCUCGACAUCCUCUCCGCAAGUGGCAGCAUCGCCUCCCGGACACCACUUCGGCCUCACCACCCCCGAGGGCAUCCGCAGCUCAGUCAUCUUCCAGUAUGAGCAGAACCACAUGCUUAUGUCCGACCCGCAACCAUUGCGCCAUCUCCAGUACUGCUCCAAUCCCAAGCACACUGCCGAAUCCUCGACCGUCCUCGUCUCCGAGUCUGGCGAUGAAGGCACGCUCGCGCGCAUCGAUUUCCCAUGGUACGGUCCAAACACGCCGAUCCGGUUCAACCCGUCGAUUCUUCCGUACCCCAAGGGCUCGCCGAACCCGUACUUUGCGCUUGCGCGAUCGUCCGAUAAGAGCGAGUUUGAUAGCAAGGAGCCGGUGAGGAGUCAUAUGGUGUACUGCGACAUGGCCUGGGGAAAGAGCCAGGGUGCAGAGCGGCAGGUGCUGCAGUGCCAGACCGACCUAGUCACGUACGAUUUCCCGGAGUGGGAGUCGCCGAAGGGUUCGUGCCAGGGAAAGUACGCUGUUCUUUCAGAGAAGGUUGGCGCGACGGACGCGCGUCUGUUCUUCUCGCCCGAGGGCGAACCGCUCAUGAUUGUGGGCGACCAUGGCAAGGGCAACUGCUGGUCGCAGUACAUCAUCGACUUGCGCAUGAUCAUCCCCGACAUUGGGCGGAAGAUGAACAUCUCACACGUGCCAGUGCGAUUCAAAGAGCCGACAGAGCUUCCGCGGGACGAGUAUCACAUGAUUGAGAAGAACUGGUUCGUGUUCUUUGACGAGCACGACAAGCCGUACGUGCAGCGCGCGAUCGAGAACCGCUCGAUUUCCUCUAUCGAGUCGCUUUUCGAGGGCAGGUCCGACGCUGCCCAGAACCAGAACCUGCUGGGAGCGCACGAGACUCCGAAAUGCAUAAAGUCGCUAAAGAAGGAUUUUCAUGACCCGGACAAGCCGUUUGUGAAUGAGAUUCACCAGGGCUCAAAUUCGCUGCGCGUCACGCUUUGCGAUUUCCCGUGCAUUCCUACGAUCCACAAUACCGUCAACAUUGAGAUUUUCCAAAUCAAAUACCUCAGCUUUCUCGAGAUUUUUUAUCGGCGGUACGUGGUGCUUACGAAUAUCACGGCGCCGUUCAACGUCGUCGGGCGGUCGAGUAAUAUCAUCUACGUGGGCGCGGACGAGAAGUCGUUUAUCUUCACGGUCUCGAUGACGUGGGAUCACAAUAACCGACGCAACCGCGAUGCCUGGAACGACCACGUCUACGGCGGGAAAGAGGUCUGGAACGUGUUGGAGGAUCAGGAAGCUGAGGAGUAUGAAAACGGGCUGAACGAGAAGUUGUUGGAGCCGUCGUUUGAUGUCCCGAUUUAUUCGGACUCGGAUCCUAGUUCUGAGAAUGGAUUUGGCGGGCAUGAGGAUUUGGAGACGGGAAAGACAGUCUCUGCGAAUGACUACGAUGCAGGUAUGGACGAUGCCUCUGGUAGUCCCGCUAGGACAGGAACUCCCGCAGACCCAGCAACGCCCGACAAAAUCCCAUCAUAUGAUCCCCAGUUCAACAAAGAUCCCGCAGAGCACGAUGCGCUGCCACCAAUAACCGAGCUCUUUGACGACCAUCCUGAACUACGCAACGGCUCAACGGUAGGCAUGGAAAGCUAUGACAAAGAUCCUGCGAUGCACGACAAGACGGUCCCGAUCAAGGAGUAUUUGGAAAACAAGGCCGACAGCUCUCCGCUGUCAAUCGGCGAGGUGUAUGACGAAAACCCCGCACUGCACGAUGCGACUGACUCGAUCAAGGACAGUUUCGAGAAAGACCCUGCGUAUCAUGACCGUCUCCCUGUUCCCUCCAACGCGACAAGUAUCCCCGUCAAAUCAACCGAAUCCGAAGACGGCUUCGAGCGUUUGAAGCGCGGCUUCAGUUACAUCACGAAGCGGAUGUUAGGCAAGCGCAACACUCCGCUCGUGGACGAAGAGGUCGAGGAGAUGGCGUUUGAGGAGGAUACGUCGAUCAUUGACGCGUACGCUAGGGUCUACGGGAUGCCGAAUUCGACGGAGAAGAAUAACCUGGUGAAUGACUAUUAUCACGGCUGGCUGGACGAUACGGUUAUGAUUCAUUUGGGAAUUAGUGAUAGUGAUGGAGGGGUUAUGCAUGUGAAGGCAAGGAACUUGCUUGACUGUCUUACUUUGUGCAGUGAGGAUGAUGAGCACUGAGAGUUGGUUACUCUUUCGUGAAGGACGUGGUUUGUGUUUUUUGUUUUCUUUUUGUAUGAUUUUCUUGGUUUGGUGUUGCUCGUUUCAUUGUUACGGUUGUUUUCUCUAUGUUUUGGCCUUGGAAAUACAAUUGCAAUCAGUCCACUACGUCUGCACAGCUCAGAACGAU